CUUUACAGCAAUGGGUCAAUCGCAUACUAAACCAGAAAUUAAAACAAGCCAAACGUUUCGACCCAGCAAAUACCUUACAAAAGUUGAACUUGUUUCAAUAAAGUGCGUAUUCAAUAGUUUAAAAUCUGCCUUUCCUGAUCAUUUCGAAUGCAUUGAACCCAAAAACUUUUUGGUACAUACAUCAUGAAAGGAUCAACUUCUUUUACUAAAAAAACAAAAAACAAAAAACAGGCGCGACUUGCUUUGCCUUCAGAGGUUGAACCAGCUGGUGUACUCUUAUUCAAAGCAUUUUCAUAUCUAGGCUCAUACCCCGCUUGUACAGCAGCCGGUCCGGUUCCACUCUCUCUUGAUGCAUUUUUGACAGCUUUUGUGGUCUUUACUGGUCGAUUAGGUCAUGAACUAUCCGAAACACUCUUUUUCCAAGCGUUGUCUAUUCUGCCGGAUCCAGUGAAGAAGAAAGAAACUCCGGUAACAUUGGAGCCUCCAAAGAAGCAUGGUCAUUCAAAAGGCUUGUCAUUAGAAGAUUUAGGUGUGGACUUUACUGAUCUUGACUUGGAUAUCCAAAAAAAGGAAAAGGAUGACGGACCUGAGAUUUUAUGCAGAGACUUGGUUGAGCUGUUUGUGUUACUCUUAUGGUUGGGAAGCAACGAAGAUCAUGAUGAGAAUCGAAGGGUAGCAACUGAUAUUGUGGAUAGUCUCGAAAAGACAAAAGACGAUACCUGUGUUUCAUAUAGAGUAUUCUCUGAAUGGAAAUCAAAUUUCUCACCACAUCUAUUUAACCCAAUACAGUCAUUUAUUACGCAAUCAUUUACCUAUAUUGAAAGACCCUCGGAAAGGAUAUCACAGGAAGAUACAAUUCCAGUACCAGAUCAAACGGACUUACUGAGCCAUAUGCACUGCACUUUGCUCUCCUGGUCAUUACCCGAAAAGGCUUUGAACGUCAAAAAAUGGACAAGACUCUACUCUGCUCAACAAGACGGAUUCUCUAUGAAUCGAUUUGAAAGCCAUGUGUUCAAGUACCCAGGACCAACACUGAUGGUGUUGAAGAUUGAGGCGCAGCCACCAAAGCGAUAUUCAAGUUUGAGUAUUGCAACAGAGACUAAUGCAAAGCAAAACAUGCUUGUGGGAGUAUAUGUACCGCAAACGUGGAAGAAUUCCAAGUAUUUUUGGGGAACAAACGAAUGUUUCUUAUUUGAACUUGAGCCGAAUUUCGAUAUCUUUCGAUCGAAUGAAAGAACAGUGAAUGGCCACUACAUAUACUAUCAUCACGAUACAGGGAUUGGGUUCGGUGCAAGAGCAGAGAAAGGAUUUGAUUUUACCUUAUUAUUAGAGAAUACCUUACAAGGAGGCGUCUAUGAAAAUGAAGCAUACCCAAGCUCUCCAGUUUGGAUGAGCUUUAAAAGAAGAAAGCAAGAUUUCAAGUACAUUUUUGAGACAGUAGAUGUUGAAGUGUUUGGGCUGGGAACAGAAAAGGAUAAAGAAAAACAGUUAAAAGAAUGGGAGUUUGAAAGGAAAGAAGCUCAGCGAAGGUCAGGAUUGAAUAUUAGAUUAUCAGAUGGAGAAUUGGACAAAGAGCUCUUAAAGAUGGCAGGCAUUAUUGAUGAAGACAAACGACAAGAUCGAUAAUUCUAGCUUUUAUUAACAUUAUUAUUACUAUUCAAAUAGCAAACCGGCUUUAUUUGCAGUUGUUGUAGCUGUUCCUGUAAUAAAAUAUCUAGUUCGUCUUUUGCUAAAGGAGAGGUAUUCUGAUUGACAAAUAAAGGGGUCGACAAAGAAGGAGAAGAGCAUGUAGAAUGCAUUGGAAUCAGACUAAAGUAGUCUUCUUCUAGUGGUGAGUUUGGCGUUCUGAUACGACCGAUCGUCAGUUGCCUUGUCAGCUCAUUCAAUUGUUGAUCGAUCUUUGGAUCGAUGUACUGAAUGUGUUUCAUGACAAGCCUAAUGUUUUCUAUACAGUCAAA